CCCCAACCUUUCAGGUAGGAUCCCCCCAACGUGGGCCCGAUCUGAUGGAGGAGUGUCUCGUGGGAUGUUUCCGUUGGUUACAUGCCAUGAAUCGCACCAUGUCCGCUCCCGUCCCGAAGUUUCCGCGGAUAGCACGGAGGCAAGGAUAUGAGUUGUGUGGGACACCCAAGAUAACCUACUCGGCCAAGAUCAAAGAAGACAAGGAAGAUACGGCCUGGACACCCAAACAUCAUGUCAUGGAGCCCAAAGAUCCCAAAACAAAGCGAUUUGAGAAGGUUUCACAGCAUUUGCGAGAGUUCAUGAGUCGGACACAGCUGUUGCCAGCUGAUCUCACCUUUGACAAGACCUACAAGAUCCUCUCACAGCUGGAGGUUGUGGCAGAGGCGAAGAUGGCGACCGAGAAAAAAAGGGUCGCGGACUCCACGGACUCCACCGACGACGAGGCCAGCGAAGCUGGAAACUCUGGAAACUGGGAAAGUCCCAUCUCCUCUGCGGAAAGUCCUCCAUCCACAGCCGCCACAGCCGAACCACAAAAAAUCGCCCAAGUUUCCGACUGCGACAAAGUUCUCGCGGUGCAUCGCUUUAUGCUGAAAGAGGUACGGAAGUUUGUGGAAGAAUUUAAGUCAGCACCUGGUGUCUUCUAUGAUUUUGACACAGCCAGGCUGUGCACAGGAGUUGCAACACUUGUGAAACUGGAAGACAAAUUUCAAUUGACCAAGGCGGAUUUGGACGCUUUGAUGGCACAACAUCAAGAGAAGCUCAGGAAAACAUCUGACUUCCGUCAUGUGACUGAUGAAAUCAAUGAGCUUUUAACUGAAUUCGAUGAGCCAUAGUCUGGACAAUGCUCUACCCACUGUACAGUUCCCCUGACAUAGCCAGGAACGUUUUGGAACCCAUUGGAACCCAGAAAAGA